AUGCUCAUGCUCGGCCAAGUAUGUCUCCCUGGCAUUCCCCAAUUCGUAACCUUCGAAGCAUCUCCAACCCCAUCACCACCCAAACCAGAGAAACCAAAGGGACAUUUCAAUAUCUCAUACACCAAGCCUAAGAUUUUCGAUGAAAAUGAUACAGUUCCCGAGGGCUGCGAUGCCGAAGCAGUGCCUUGCAGAUGGAACUUGCUGACCAGAGAUUUGACUGAUAAUGGUAUCACAAAGAAGGAACAGAAGAGGCAAUCCAGAGCCAACAGCUCUCCAGAUCUGCCAGAGGAGAAAAAGAUCGAGGCUGAGCAAAACAAAAAGAAGAUGGAUCAGGACGAAGCCAGACAAUUGAAGCUCAUUGAGGAAGCCAAGAAAGCAACGAUUGGCUACAGAAUGCAUUGUGGAGUCGGUAAGAAAGUCUUCGGACCAAUGGAGGGAGCGUCAGGAGUUGCCACAACAGAUAGCGGUUACAAGGCUUUGCGGAAUAGACACACUUUGAUUCCAAAGCUAUUCUUGGAUGUUGUUAAGAGUCCAAGCACGAAGAAGAAAAACAUCUUGCCCGAAGGCCCGGUCGUGUGUUUCUUUCACCCGUCACAGACAAAGAGAAGCACAAUCCACCUCUAG